CAACAAUGUGGAGAGGUUACAUACGGAUGUUGAUGAUGGCCGUCAAGGCGCAACGAUCCCCAGUAAGCAUCAAAAGACCGCACCGGAAUUUCAGCCAGAGUUUGGCAGCUUCAUGAUUGAGGCUACACCGGGGGAGCCUUACGACGGCGGCAGUAUCAAGAGCUUGUUAAGUGUGGAAGCAAACAUGCGAAAACGGAGGCGAAUGAUACAAGCUUGUCUUGGGUUAGGCGAAGCGGUCGUCACACUGCCAGGUUUUCCACGCCUGGGCGCCCCAGGCCCUUACACUGAACCUGCCCUACCAACUCACGGACUCUUGCUCCAAUCGCAGUUUCUUCCCGAUGGAUUGAUCAGCACACAUGAGCGCUAUGGCACAAUCCAUGAUAACAUGAACGCGCGCCGUGGAGGGCGUCCGUGCAAAGUCAAGAUUCCAAUCUAUAGAGACGAGAAUACACCCUGGCCUUGGAAGGAGUCGAUGCAGUUCCCACACCAAAACCAUGCGCAAGAGGACGACGCAAGACAACAUCAUGACAAUGCGGCAGAGAACUUUAUAUAUGGCGACAGCAUGGCGUUCGGGCCAAGUUUCUGCGGGCUGCAGGUCACGAUCCAAGCAAGAAACCUCCGAGAAGCGCGCUACCUGCAUGAUCAGUUAUGUCCGCUUGGUCCCAUCAUCAUGGCAUUGUCGGCGGCAUCACCAUUCUUUCGUGGGUUUCUCACUGACACCGAUGUUCGAUGGAAUCAAGCGGCUUCCGCGGUGGACGACAGAACUACAAAUGAGCUUCGGUCAAAUACUAUCAAGCCAUUGGGCUUGCAUGCACGGUGGUCAUCCACGGCAAUGUACAUAUCGGACGACCCACGGCUUCGACCGGUCUACAACCCGUCAGAAAUUAAAGCUGAUGCAGCGAUCAAGCAAUAUCUCCAACAUCACAGUAGCAUGGAUGCCCUCUUGGCUUCGCAUUACGCCAACAUUCUGACUCGCGACCCAAUCGCCCUAACAAAGAACGAACUGAGAUCUUACGAAAGCCUUGAUCUCUUUGAGAUCCUCCACUCUGCAGUCUGGCCGCAUGUCGAUUUCAAACUGCCGUCCAAAACCGGGGCGGCGGGAUGGCGGGUCGAAUUUCGUCCCCUGGAAGUACAAUUGACCGAUUUCGAAAACGCGGCGUUCGCCUUGUUCGUUGCCUUGCUCGCUCGCGCUAUUUUGCAUUACGAUCUCAAUUUCUACAUUCCGAUUGAGAAGGUGGCGGAGAAUAUGGAGAGGGCGCACACCCGCAAUGCAGUCCGCAAGCAGAAAUUCUUCUUCCGUGUAAAGGUGGAGCGAACGACAUCAGACGGAAAUCCAGAACCAGAAGAAGAAUAUGCCCUGAUGACGACGACCGAGAUCAUGAACGGGUCUCCGAACUUGCAAGGCUCAAACGGUCAAUCCUUCCCUGGCCUACUCCCGCUUGUGCAGUCCUACAUCCUCGAAGUUUUUGGGGACGUCCCUGAAGAGGCCAGACAGAGGAUUGACAAGUAUCUGGACGUCAUCCGGAAAAGGGCCACUGGAGAAAUGCUCACACCGGCGAGCUGGAUGCGACAAUUUGUGCAAAGGCAUCAAGACUAUAGCAAGGACAGCUUCAUUUCAGAGCGUGUCUGCUAUGAUUUGAUGAAAGUCGUCCAGGCUCUGGGACAGGGCAGUAUUGAUCCAGCAGAGUUGUUCUCCGUGAGUGCACAAGUCGACGAAAAGUAA